CCAACACUUCCGGCCUCCGAGUUCGAGAUCACCACCAAAGCGCCGAGAAACCCUAGCCCCUAGGACCUGGACCAGCAGGGCGCGCCGCGCAGCCAUGGCGAAGAACCGGAACAAGAAGAACAAGGCCAAGAAGAGCGGCGGCGCCGCCGCCAUGGACACCUCUGAGGGUGGCCCCGCUACAUCCACCGCCACGGACGCCCCACAACCUAUGGAUACGUCCGAGGGAAAGCAGCCAUCGUCGGUCACCGCGGCGCUCGGUUCGAUCAACAACAGGAAAAUAAAAAAGGGAGUGCAUAUGAAAAGGUCACAGAAUGCUAGGAAAAUGAAAGCAAUUGCUAGGGCUGUAUCAAAGAAUGAAAAGUCUGAGGAGAAGAUCCAGAAAGCAAAAAGCAAGAAGACAAGAGUUCAGUCUGCCAAGUCUUUGUAUGACUAAAUAUUUUGCACUAAGCAGAAUUUUGUGUACCCGUAUAUUUCUAGCUUGUAGAGCAACUGAAUCUGUGCUUGACAAAGAAAUGAAAACAUGCUUUGCUUACAAAUCUUGCUGUCAGUUUCUUUACAAGAUUCGGGAAUUGCCUUCUGCACUACCUGGUGAUAGUAUCAUAUUAAGGUUUGAUUCUUUGAUAUUGACCUCAGGAUAUAGUGACCAAGUGUGGUCUAUUCUAAAAUUCUGGUGCCCUUUGCUGAAAUGGCAACAUAUUUUCACUCA